AUGAGAGUCCUGCUGCUGCUGCUUCUGCUGCUUCUCCUGAUGCCCUUUCAAGUCUGUGAAAACCCAGAGGCAAAAUGCCCCUUGAAUCUGAUCAAGGAUGAAAAUAAAGCACACAAUUAUUACCGGCCUGGAGACUUCCUCAUCAGCGGAAUCAUAUCCCCAAGAAAUUUUCAUAGGCAACUUCCAUAUGUAUUUUCCAACACCCCGCUAACCAGACUUGAGGGGUUCACCCCUGUUUCCUACUGGUAUGCCUUGUCCUUCUUGUUCACCAUUCAAGAGAUCAACCAGGAUCCUAGGCUCUUACCCAACAUCACCCUGGGCUACAACCUCUAUGAGAACUAUUUUGAUGCCCGGAGGACAUCUGAGGCCGUGCUAGACCUGCUUGCUGGCCGGGAAGGCAAUAUUCCCAACUAUCACUGUGGAAAACAAAGCAAACUCCUGGCUGUUCUUGAAGGAGCAAAUUCUGUCAUCUCGAAAGAGAUUUCAGUCUUGUCAGGCAUCUACAAAAUCCCUCAGAUCAGUUAUGGCUUUAUUGCUCAGGCACUUGAAGAAGUUCAGUUCCCUUUGGUCUACCGGAUCGUCCCCAAAGAAGAAACUCAGUACCAAGGGAUUGUUGAGUUGCUCCUGCAUUUUGGAUGGAUGUGGAUUGGCCUCAUUGCUCCAGACAAUGACAAUGGAGAAAGGUUCACAAGUGCCUUGAGGUCUUUAAUGAUCAAGAAAGGAAUUUGCAUUGCAUUAUCAAAAAGAUUUCCAGAAAAGAAUGGUCAUCAAAUGCUUGGUCUAAUUGAACCAUUCAUUACCUGGACACAAGUCAGUGUCAUUGUUUACCAUGAAAUAAAUCGAAUGGGAUGGAUUCCAAUCAUGACACUACAAGGGACAUUUGGGAAAGAAAUUGGGGCAAAAAUCUGGAUUGCGGCAGCUUUUCAGGACACCAAUACCUAUAUGUCCUCUCCUCCUGUUCUGUUCCAGUACAUCCAUGGUUCAUUAUCCUUUGUAAUGAAGGCUCAAAGAAGGAUCAGCUGUGGCUACAAUAGUCCAUACUCAUCUGCUCUCCAACAAUUUUGGAACACAGCAUUUCAUUGUUCAUAUUCAAAGCAUGUGUUGGCUGCAAAAGGCGAGACCAGAUGCACAGAGGAGGAGAAACUGGAGAUUCUGCCCAGAGAAGAGAUGGAGACAGCCCUGUCUCAAGAUAGCUACAACACUUACUUCAAUGUCCAAGUUGUUGCACAUGCCUUAAAUGCUGCCUAUUCAUCUAAAUCAAAGUGGAUGGUGAUGGGAGGUGGAAGAGACUGGUUGGAACAUCAAAGGCUGCAGCCAUGGCAGCUUCACCCUUUCUUAAGAGAAAUCCAGUUUUCAAAUGGCUCCAUCGAUGGACUGCAUUUGGAUGAAAAUGGGAAGCUGCCAGCUGAGUUUGAUAUUGAGAACUGGGUGAUGUUUCCCAAUAAGUCUCGUGUCAGAGUGAAAAUAGGGAAUAUACAGAGAAAGGCAUCUGCUGAUAUCAACUUCACCAUUAGCCCAGAAGCCAUUGUGUGGCCAAAACGGUUUAACCAGACUGUGCCUUUCUCCAGGUGUACCAAAAUCUGUCUGCCUGGAUACACCAAAGUGGUUCAAGAAGGAAAGCCAAUUUGCUGCUAUUCUUGUGCUCCAUGUGCAGAAGGGACAAUCUCUACUUGUGAAGAUGCAGAUCAUUGCAUCAAAUGUCCAGAAGAUCAACAUCCAAAUAAAGACCGAGAUCAAUGUAUCCACAAGAUUAUCACCUUCCUGGCUUAUGAAGACUACUUGGGAAUCGUUUUAGCUUUCCUUUCCCUAUUCCUGUCUUUAACAACAGGCUUUGCCUUAGGAAUCUUCAUUAAAUACAAGGAAACACCCAUAGUCAAAGCCAACAACAGGGACCUCUCUUACAUCCUCCUCAUUUCUCUCCUGCUUUCCUUUUUGUCUUCCUUCCUGUUCAUUGGAGAGCCAAAGAAAGCGACUUGCCUUCUCCGGCAAACAGCUUUCAGCAUCAUCUUCUCCACUGCAGUUUCUUCUGUGUUGGCAAAAACCAUCGCUGUGGUGAUGGCCUUUCUUGCUACUAAGCCAGGAAACAGACUAGUGAAAGAAGGAAUAUGUCCCAAAAUGGAGAAAGAGAUUUUGGAGCUGAGGAAGAGAAAUGCUGGGCUGGAACAGCGUGCUUCAGACUUGCAGUCCCGUCUUGAGGAAGCCAGAGCUGCUCAGAAAGGAGCCACAGGUGGGCUCCUGGCAAAUGAGGGCAAGGCUGCGUGGGUGGAAAAGUUUAAUGGCGAUCCGGAGGCUUAUUUGGAUUUUAAAACGGAAAUGAGAUAUUUUUUGGAGCUUCAAAGUGCUCAGUUUGCAGGCGAUGCUCAGAAAGUUGCUCACAUAAUUAGCCACCUGUCGGGGGGGGGCUAG